AGCAUAAGUUGUGGACCACUGAUUUCAGUCAUAUCUCCGGAGGCCCCUACACCAUAUUUCUGACAAUGGAUCCCGAACUCAAGAGUCUCGUUGAUCAAUGGCUUCACCUAGAUCCUAACGAGGAGACAAGGUCCGAGAUACAGAAACUUGUUGAUGAUGGCAAUACCUCGGAGCUUCAGAAACGCAUGAGCCCAAGGAUCGAGUUCGGAACGGCAGCAGGUCUACGCGGAAGAAUGGAAUCCGGCUGGGCUCGCAUGAACGAUCUGAUCAUAAUCCAAGCCUCCCAGGCGUGUGCGCACCAGACAUCUUUGGAGGGAGGACUAUGCGCAUAUGUCGUAAAGAACGUCAAGGACGCCCGCUCCCGUGGCGUGGUGGUUGGGCACGAUCACCGUCACCACUCCGAGAAGUGGGCCAAGUUGACCGCGGCGGCCUUCAUUGAUCAGGGAGUACCGGCGUACUUCCAUGAUGGAGUGGUUCAUACACCUAUAGUUCCUUUCACUGUCAAAUCGAAGAAUGCGGCUUGCGGUGUAAUGAUCACCGCUAGCCAUAAUCCGAAGCAAGACAAUGGUUACAAGGUUUACUGGGAAAACGCUGUUCAGAUUAUCGAGCCCCAUGACAAGGGCAUAUCAGCAUCUAUCCGGGAGCAGCGGGAACUGCGCUCGCUCAACAUCGAGAGCUUGGCGAGCUCGCCGUUACUCCGAAAGUACGACGAGUCGGCAUAUUUCGAGUACAUCAGCUCGCUGUGCCUCUACAAAUCGCUCAACGCACAGACAACGCUGAAGUUCGUGAACACCUCCAUGCACGGAGUCAGCGACCCCGCUAUGUCCAAAGCGUUCGAGUUGUUCGGUCUGGCAAAGUACAUCCCCGUGGUGGCCCAGCAGAAACCAGACCCUGAGUUCCCUACUGUCAAGUUCCCGAACCCGGAAGAAAAGGGGGCAUUGGACCUCGCCAUCGCGACCGCAAACGAAGCCGGUGCGGACUACAUCCUAGCCCAAGAUCCCGACUCGGACCGCUUUGCGGCUGCAGAGAAAGGGCCUGACGGGAAAUGGAUCCAGUUCACGGGCGACCAGCUGGGGACGCUCUUCGCCAGCGCAUGCCUGGAGAAGUACAAGGCUUCCGGGAAGCCACUCUCCAAGCUCGCUAUGGUCGCUUCUACCGUAAGCUCGAAGAUGAUCGAGGCAAUUGCACACGCCGAGGGCUUCAAGUUCGCCGAAUGCCUCACUGGCUUUAAGUACAUCGGCAACACGGCGCUGACGCUGGAACAAGAGGGUUAUGAGGUACCCUUCGGCUACGAAGAAGCCAUAGGGUUCAUGUUCGGCUCUCUACUGCGCGACAAGGACGGCGUCGCGGCGUCGCUCAUGUUCGCGGAGUUCGUCGUCACGCUACAGAAGGCAGGCAAGACCGCGAGCACCCACCUGAAGGAGCUAUAUGAACGCUACGGCUACUUCCAGACCAGCAACUCCUACUUCAUCUGCACCGACCCGCCCACCAUCGACUCCAUCUUCGCCCGCUUGCGCAACUACGACGGGCGCACCGCCCCGGGCGGCACGCCGCACUACCCGUCGACGCUCGGCGGGCUCGCCGUGACGCGCGUGCGCGACCUCACCGUCGGGUACGACAGCGGGAACGCGCCGAGCUACAAGCCGGAGCUCCCGCUCUCGUCCGGGCACAUGAUCCAGUUCCGUGCGGAGAACGUAAAAGACGGGUCGAAGAUCACGCUCACGACGAGGACGAGCGGGACAGAGCCAAAGAUCAAGUACUACCUGGAAGGGAGCGGCAAGGACGCCAACGCCGUGGGAGAGCUCCUGCGCAAGGUCGUCCGGGAACUGUCGGACGUGUGGAUGGAGGCGGACAAGCACGGGCUCGGAAAACCCUGAAUGACGAAGAAUACGGAGAGAUGGUUGCAGAUACGACAAACAAGAAGUACAGAUUAGACAGGUUGUACAUUGGCGGGCACCAAAUUGUUAGUUUAAAUGCGUCGGUAUAUGGCUUAUGCCACCGACGCUCUGCGCUGAUCAUCGAACGCCUUCGCCCGUUGCCACGUCUCUACGCUCAGCGACGGUUCGUGCAAGGAGAGUGCAUACAGUUUCGCGACCGACAUCCUGCGAAUGAGGUCUUCGGCAGUCAAGCUCCUAUCUUCUCGUCGCUCGCUCACGAAUUCGUUUUGUAUAUGCUCAGACGUUGCUUCUGGAACUUGCACCCUCCCACCCCUCGCGCCGACCACCACAUCUCGGAACGCCGCGAGCU